AUGGAUAAUCAAGGUAUACAACUUGAUGAAGACAUCCAUGACAAAAGUCAUACCCCUCAUAGACAGGGACCAUCACGACAAGAUUCAGCAAUCGAUUUAUGGGCAACAGUGGACAAAUCUCGUCUUGAUCAAGAUGUUCAUAUUAUUCCACUGGAAGAUGUUUUCAAACGUUUUCAUACUGAUCCGCGAACAGGUUUAUCGGAUGAUUUCGUACCUGAAGUCCGUGCUCAGUAUGGCGAAAACAAAUUGACGCCGCCAAAACAACCAUUUUAUCUCUGGCUAUUGUUCAAAGAAUUGUUCAUGGGAUUCAAUUGCAUUCUUUGGUUUGCUGGUGUUUUGGCUUUUCUAGCCUACAAACCUUUCGGUGAACCCAAUCCCUCGAUUACCAAUUUGGCCUUAGGUAUUGUUCUCAUCUUGGUUAUCACAUGUAAUUCGAUUCUCAAUGUAUAUCAACAAUUGAAAUCGAUUAAAAUCGUGGCAGCAUUCUCAAAACUGUUACCAACAUUGACCACAGUACGACGUGACGGAAGGGAACAACAAAUUGUCGCAACAGAACUCGUACCAGGAGACAUUGUUUUGAUUCGAAUGGGUGACAAACUACCAGCUGAUUGUCGAUUCAUAUCCUGUGAUGGUCUCAAAGUAAACACAUCCGAAUUGACCGGUGAAUCAAAGCCCGUUUCGGCAACCGUUCGUUGUACUAGUACAACUUUUAUGGAAUCGUCAAAUAUUGGCUUUUAUUCAUCCAUGGUCGAGCAAGGUACAGGUGAAGCUGUAGUCAUUGCCACAGGCGAUGAUAGUGUCUUAGGUAAAAUGUCGAAAUUAACACGAGGAAGUUCUGGUGAUGCUGUAACUGGUCUCCAUCGUGAAGUCAAUCGCUUCGUUCUGUUCGUCGUCUUGUCUACAAUAACAGCUAUCAUCAUCUUGUGGAUAACAUGGGCAUCAUGGCUGAAUCGUGAUCAUUAUGGAUUUGUUUCAUACAAUGCCAACAUUGUCAAUUCAAUUGGUAUGAUUGUUGGCUUUUUACCCGUCGGUUUACCAUCAGCUGUUACUCUCGUACUCACGAUUGUUGCUAAGCAAAUGUAUCGACAGCGUGUAUUGGUGAAAAGUUUACAAAUUGUUGAAACUUUCAAUUCUGUUUCGGUUAUUGCUACAGAUAAAACUGGUACAUUGACACAAAACAAAAUGACAGUAACACAUAUCCUAUGGGAUGUGGAUAGUACCUACAAAGUUCCUCUACCUCAAAUAGAACCAACAAAGGAAGAAACCAUCCUUCAAACAAUUCGUCGACUUUCAUCUGGUGCUAUUGAAACAGUUCGUCGACUCUCUGUUGAUGCAGCAACAAUGGUACGAAAAUUAUCAACUGGUAGUAUCGGUCAACCACAACCCGCCGCACCAGUACACAGAGGAAAAGAACUAUCAUCGGAUGCCAGUGAAAUCAAAAUUGAAGCUUUCCGAGAUCUCUUACUUGGUGCAGCGCUUUGUAACAACGCUGAAACUCAAAUAGUCCAAGAUGCACAGAUUGGACAAGACAUUUCAAAAAUGAAAAGUGAAUUACGUGUUGUCGGUGAUGCUGCUGAUACAGCACUUUAUAACCUUUGCAACGAUCGAUGUUUCCUGGAUAUUGACAAAGUUCGAGAUGUUAAUCCUCGAUUAAAAGUGUUACCAUUCAACUCAUCCAAUAAAUUCAUGAUCUCAGCCAAUCAAUUGGAAUCAACUGAUCCUUCAAUUCCGGAAUGCAAUCGAACAGUUUUAUUAACAUUGAAGGGUGCACCGGAUAUCGUCAUUCAACGAUGCUCAACUUACAAAAAGAACAACGAUCAAGUUGCACUGUUAGAUAGUGAAAUAAAAAAGACUAUAUUUGGCCGACAAGAAGAAUUAGGCAAGAAUGGUAAUCGUGUUAUUGCUAUGUGUCAACAAAGAAUCACACGGCAACAAUUUGACGAAAUGAUCGAAGCUUACAAAAACAAACAACGAUCAAAUUCGUCAGACAACGAGGAAGAUCUUUGUGGAUUUCCAUCGAACAACUACUGUUUUGCCGGUCUUUUCUCUUUGCUCGAUCCACCUCGACCUGAAGUACCUGAUGCUGUGCUGAAAGCACGUCGUGCUCAGAUUCGUGUUGCAAUGGUCACUGGUGAUCAUCCAACAACAGCGAAGGCAAUUGCUAAACAAGUUCAUAUCCUAACACCAGAAAUUGCCGAUAUGAAUGGUGUUGAUACGUUCAAAUUAGAAAGAAAUGCAAACGAUGAACCGGUAUUGAAUCUGUAUCGUAAUGAUCGAUUAAUCCAACAGCAUCCACCUGGUGAAGCAAAACGAACCGAUUCUCUUUCAAACAACGCUAAGGAAAUGAUACGACGAGCAUCGGCCACCGGUAAAAGUGCUAAAAUUCAAAAGGUACCUUGGUAUAAACGAGCUUGGGCUUCAUGUAAAAAUCAAGUGAAAGAACCUGAAACAGAUAUUGAACCCACCGAGAAAAUGGAAUACAUUCCAUACGCAGUUGUCGUCGCCGGUGCCGAAAUCAAUCAUAUGGACGAUUUCAUGUGGGACUGGGUGUUAUCGCAUCAAGAACUUGUAUUUGCACGAACAUCGCCCGAACAAAAAUUACGUAUAGUGACCGAAUUUCAACGACGAGCUGAGAUUGUUGCUGUAACCGGCGAUGGUACGAAUGAUGCGCCUGCAUUGAAAUGUGCUCAUCUGGGUGUUGCCAUGCAAUCCGGAACUGAAGUAUCAAAAGAAGCAGGUGAUAUGGUUCUUCUAGAUAAUAAUUUCGCAUCAAUCAUUCAAGCCAUCGAAACUGGUCGUUUAUUAAGUGACAAUUUGAAGAAAGUUGCUAUAUACUUACUACCUGGUGGUUCAUGGUCACAGAUCUGGCCUGUGUUUUUCAAUCUAUGGUUUGGAAUGCCGUUGGCAUUGUCCGCAUUUCUUGCCACUGUCUUCUGUAUGGUUAAUGAUGUGUUUAUGUCACUGGCUAUGGUAACAGAAAAACCUGAGCGCGAUAUCAUGUCCCGCGCACCAUCAAUUCGUUCGAAAGAUCAUUUAUUAAAUCUCAAAUUGCUUUUCCAUGCUUACAUGUUCGUUGGUAAUUUCGAAUGCUUCACUGGAUUCUUCUGCUUCUGUUAUUACUGGAUUGACAAAGGUGUACCAUUUUAUUCCUUCAUGUUUACCUUUGAGAAUUUUGGCAUUGAUCCCAAAACUCCAUACACAAAUGAUGAAUUAAUAACAAUGACAUAUGUCGCUCAAUCAGUUUACUAUUGUUCGGUUUGUUUAUUUCAAUUCUUUAACUAUUUUGCAACACGCACACGAUAUACAUCGAUCUUCGAGCACAAUCCAUUCUGGGGCAAAGGUAGAAAUUGGUAUGUUUUUGGCGCUAUGAUUAUCUCGGCUGGUGUUCAAUUGCUAAUUACACAAGUAGCAUGGUUUAAUCAAGUUUUCAGCACAGGUCCUGUUCCUGUAAAAUAUGUUAUGCCAACAUUAGGAUUCGGUAUGUCAUGGUUAAUUAUUGAUGAGCUGAGAAAACUGUGUAUUCGCAAGUUUCCGCGUUGUUUUAUCGCCAGAAUUGCCUGACAAAAAUACGAAGAAGUUGACGUGAAGAAAAAUCCGAGUCCACCGACUCUUCUUCCGAAUGCAUCCAAUUUUGUAACGUUAAAUGUCGAUGAAAACGAUCCGAUUGAGUUACAAUGUCCAGUGAUUAAUACCCCUGAUUUAUCAAUUCAAUGGUUGAAAAAUAAUGAAGAUCUUGAACCUAUAUGGUCAUCAACGAAUCUAUUAAUCAAACGUUUUCUAUUAAAAAUUCCAAAAGCACAGUCGACGGAUGGCGGUCUGUACAAAUGCAAUGUUGUCAAUGGAUUCGGCAGUGUACAAGUACAAUUUCGUGUUAAUGUUAAAUCAAAUCGAACAUCAUCGAAUAAUGCAAAUGAAUAUGACUCACAAAGUUUGAUUCCUUGGGAUAUUGAAUCACCGAGUGGAGAAGCACCAGAAUUUGUCUCACGAACGGAUGGUAGUGGUCAUUCGGAACCAACGAAAGUUAUUCAACCUGAAGGUACAACUGUACAGUUGAAAUGUUUAGCUUCUGGUAAACCGUUACCAGAAAUACGUUGGAAGAAGAAUGGGCGAAUCUUAUCCGAAGAUGAAUACGGUGUUACACAAAGUCAGAUAUUAAUUAUUAAAGACUUACGUCAGUCUGAUACUGGCAAUUAUACAUGUGAACUAUUUAAUUCAUUCGGCGCUAUUAAUGCUACUUAUAUCCUUGUUGUUACAGAGAAAUUACAAUUUGUUGGUAAUGAUCCCCAAAAUGCGAGUGUUGAUUUGGGACAAACAGUAGUAUUAAAUUGCCGUGUUCAAACCAAUGAUCUUUCAACCAAAAUUCAAUGGCUAAGAAAAAUUGACGUUCAACAACUAUUUCGACCUGAUGCUAUUGUCUUUGGCUCUGAACAAUAUGAAAGUCUGGAAAAUUUUAAUCAACAACAAUUACGGCAAGAACCCAAUAGUGUUCUCUCGAAACCACUGAUUAUUCCUGAAGCAACUGCUCGAGAAAGUGGACAAUAUAUAUGUUUAACCCAAAAUGAUAGAGCCACGAAUUAUAAAAAAGCUUUCAUUGAUGUCAUCGAUCGUCGCAAAGCAACGAUACCUUCAGCGAAUCUGAAUAAUCAUUUAUUUUACGUGAUUAUCAUUCCACUUUGUUUACUUGGUAUCAUUCUCUUCUCUAUUUUUUGUUGUCGUCGUCAUCGUCAUCAAAAAUCUAGUCGCCAUCACAGUCAUCACUCACAUUCAAGUGAUGCUUUGAAAUCUUCGGUCAAACCUCGACAACCUUUGAUUCAUCAUAACGGUACAAUGAUUCCAUCAGCAACGACAACUCGAACAAGUAAUGAUUAUAUCGCCAAUAGUGUUGAUUCUAUUCCGAUUACAAGACAUCAGCAACAAUAUCUUCAUCCACAACAACAAGGAAGAUACGGACCUACUCUCUCCUCAGAUCUGGCUUCAUUGACCAGUUCGAAUCUGUACUAUGCGCGAGUGCAAGCUCUUUGA